AUGCCAUCCGCCCUCAUUCUCAUCGCCGAAGGCACCGAGGAGAUGGAAUUCACCAUCGCCUACGAUGUACUCGUCCGCGGCGGUAUCGAGGUGAAGUCGGCCUUUGUUGGUUCGUCCGAGACUGGCGGCACGCAGAACCCACACGGCCAGGCAAAUGACAGCGUGACGUGCUCUCGCGGUGUCAAGAUUGUGCCUGAAAUGCGACUGCCCGAGCUGGCGGGUGGCAAGGCGCUCGAGUACGACGCCAUCGUGGUGCCUGGCGGCAACAAGGGUGCAGAGACCAUUUCCAAAAACGAGGACGUGACCAAGCUCCUGGGUGCCUUCUAUGCGAAGGGCAAGGUUGUGGCUUGCAUCUGCGCAGGUUCGCUGGCGGCAAAGGCGGCAAAGAUUGGCAAGGAUGGCUCCAUCACGAGCCACCCCUCGGUCAAGGGGGAACUCGAGCAAGACUACCGGUACAGCGAAGACCGAGUCGUCAUCUCCAACAAUCUUAUCACGAGCCGUGGGCCCGGUACGGCAUUUGCGUUUAGCCUGGCGAUCGUCGAAGCACUCCAGGGCAAGGAGAAGAGGACGGAAAUCGAAGGCCCCAUGAUCCUGCCCCCAACUCUCUGA